ACUAGCACUUUCUUCUGUGAUCGAUCAUUGUGUUUAAACUAAAGGUUUGUAUGUUCUUGUAAUCUUAUUGAUCUCGAUAGGUUCUCCAUUCUCUUUAGGUUUUAAAGCCUUCAACGAUUUCCAGAAGGAAGCGAAUUUGAAAAAAAUGGUGAAGAAGAGUUACCCGGAAGUGAAAGAAGAGUACAAGAAAGCUGUUCAGAGAUGCAAGAGGAAGCUCCGUGGUCUUAUUGCCGAGAAGCACUGUGCUCCCAUCGUCCUCCGUCUUGCAUGGCACUCGGCUGGGACAUUUGAUGUGAAGACGAAGACAGGAGGACCGUUUGGGACGAUAAGGCAUCCCCAAGAGCUAGCCCAUGAUGCCAACAAUGGUCUUGAUAUUGCCGUUAGGCUUCUUGACCCUAUCAAGGAGCUGUUCCCUAUUCUGUCAUAUGCUGACUUCUACCAGCUAGCUGGAGUAGUUGCUGUUGAGAUCACUGGAGGACCAGAGAUUCCAUUUCAUCCUGGUAGACUGGACAAAGUUGAGCCACCUCCUGAAGGUCGUCUGCCUCAGGCCACCAAAGGUGUGGAUCAUCUAAGAGAUGUGUUUGGUCGGAUGGGACUCAAUGACAAAGAUAUCGUUGCAUUGUCUGGUGGACACACCUUGGGUCGGUGCCACAAGGAGCGUUCAGGAUUCGAGGGUGCAUGGACACCAAACCCGCUCAUUUUUGACAACUCCUAUUUCAAAGAGAUACUAAGCGGAGAGAAAGAAGGACUUCUUCAACUACCAACCGACAAGGCUCUUCUUGAUGAUCCUCUCUUUCUCCCAUUUGUUGAAAAAUAUGCUGCAGAUGAGGAUGCCUUCUUCGAAGACUAUACGGAAGCUCAUCUAAAGUUGUCAGAACUCGGGUUUGCUGACAAGGAGUAAUCUGGAAUCUGGUGUCAUCUCCUACCUCCUUGAUUCUUGUUCCCUCACAUUAUUAUUGUAAUCAUAGAAAAUACUUUAAAAAUUAAAUGGAAGACAUUGUAUUAUACGUAUGCCUUGCGUUUUUUGUAAUUGUUAAUUAAUGAAAUAAGAGCACUUGCUUGCUGAAA